AUGCCUGUUAAAAAGAGGAGAACUGUGAAGAAAACGGUAUCGUUUUCUGAUGACAAUACUUUUGCAACGAAGAGCUCAAAAAAAAAGCAUAUCGAUCAUGACUCUCCUCCAGUGUAUGUGAGGAAAACAAUUUCCACCAUCCCUGCACAUCUUCCUGCUCUUCUGUUUUAUUAUCUUUAUACUACAGAGAGCUACAACACAUGGAAACUUUUACAUUUGGUGAUACCUUUACAAGUGUUCUACCUAGUUUUUCAGUUCAAUAAAGCAGCGGUCUACGGCAAUAAGAGGUUAAAGAUUAAUGUUACUUUGGUGUUAUUAUCACUUAUCGCAGCUUUUCUUCUAUCAUUACCUACCAUGCUAAUCAUAAUAUUGUUUGGAGCACCAUCCAUUCAAAAAUUGAAGGAGACUUGGUUACUGUCAUUGCAUUGUUGCUAUUUGGCAUAUCCUGUAGUUUAUCAAGUUUUUAAUUGUGAUUUCAAGGUUGGCUUAUGGAAAAGGUACUUCAUUUUAAUAGCUGUUGGGGCUUGGUCAAGCUGCGUAGUGAUACCGUUAGAUUGGGACAGAGAUUGGCAAGAGUGGCCUAUUCCAAUCGUAGUGGGAGCCUAUCUAGGAGCCUUCUUUGGUUACGGUUUUGGCUCAUACAUUUAG